AUGGCCCCUGUUAAGUAUCGUUUCCCCAUACCGCGACUUGAGGCUAUGUUGGAUGAUUUGGUUGGUUCCCAAUGGUUUUCUAAGAUAGAUCUUCGCUGUGGCUACCAUCAAAUCCUUAUUCGUGAAGGAGAUAAGUGGAAAACUGCCUUUAAAACCCCUGAUGGCUUAUAUGAGUGGCUUGUAAUGCCCUUUGGCAUGUCCAAUGCACCCAGCACGUUCAUGAGGGUCAGCACGUUCAUGAGGGUGAUGACUCAUGUGUUACGACCUUAUAUUGCUGGGGUUAGCACAAAUCCUUCCAAGGUGAAGGCUAUUACUGGUUGGCCAACACCCACGACUUUGACAGAGGCACGCAGCUUUCAUGGUCUCGCCUCUUUGUAUUGA